UGUUUAUUUAUUAUUAGUUUUGUAGCGUCGAUUUAUCAGAUUUCGGAUCUGCGUGGUUUAAAUUAACUAAAUAACAAAUUUGAAUCCUGAAAAAGUCUAGGGUGCUCCUAAACACAUAUAAGGUAACCGUCUAAAUUUCAAAAUACUUAAGUCCAGGGAAAGCCUCAACAUACUGGGGAAACAGAAGAAAAUGAUCACCCUGAGGGAGAGGCUGGCCAAAAAGGCUGAAAAUGAAACAACAGCUGUAGGUCGCCCCCCUAUAAGAGACAGGCUGCUCGUUAAAGAGGCUCAAGAGAUGUCCCAAAUGCUUCCAGCAUGCUGUUCGGUUCAUUAUCACAAUGAGAAUGAUUUGAGCAAGUUCACUUUGAUAGUCCAACCUACCGAAGGUUUUUGGGAAGGGGGCACUUUUCGAUUUGAUAUUACCGUCACUGAAGAGUAUAAUAUGGUUCCUCCAGUUGUUAAGUGCACCACAAAGCUCUGGCACCCAAACAUUUCUGAAAAGGGAGAAGUAUGUUUGUCAUUACUGAGAAGACAUAGUGUGGACGGAAUGGGUUGGUCACCAAUAAGAAGACUAAAAGAUGUUGUAUGGGGCCUACAUGCUUUAUUUAAUGAUCUCCUGAAUUUCGAGGACCCCUUAAACGUAGAGGCUGCAGAACAAUUUAGACACUCCAGAGAAGAAUUCCGUCUUAAAGUGAAUGAGUAUGUAACAAAUUAUGCAACUGAAUAGCUAAGGGUUAACCGGUAUGAAUACAAGCCGACAAUUACUUUAUUUUGGUUUGGUAUUGUUUAUAAUAUAUUGUUUGUGUUUCUUGUGAUAUUUGUAUAUUUCCUUCCAAGUUUUACUUAGACAUUUGCCUAGGCUAUACAAUGUAUGUGGUGGUUUCCACACCAAAAGAUAUUGUAAAUUCUGUGUUCAGAAGUUAUUGAUAGGGUACUUUAUUCAAAUACUUAAUCCUAGUUUUUAACUAAUAGAUAUUAUCUAUAGUGCUAACUAUUGCGAAGGCUGCAUGUAUUUAAUAUUAGGUAUAGGACAUAUUCUUUUUACACAUCUUUAGUUGUGACUCAUAGAAGCGAUUCAUGUCUUUAUAUCGAGCUUUUUUGCACAGAAUUACAACUAAAGCUAUGCAAAGGAGUAUACUUAUUAUAUGUAUGUAAAUUCAUAUAGCAUAUUGUGUCUCAAUAAAAUAGUUCAAAAUUUUUAUAUAUUACAUGUAAUUAUGUAAUUUAUGUAAUUAAAAAAAAUAGAUGUAUAAACUGUU